AUUAACCCAUUCCACUGGAUCCUCUUCGCCACCCUCUCUCUCAACUCGCACAUCAUGACCUCGCUUCCUUGGGCGGACUUCCACUAAACGUAACCCUUCCUCUUUCAUCAGCUGGAAUUUUACUGGGAAAAGUUGUCGACAGUCUCAGACCUUAACCCUACACACUUCGAGGUUUAUACCGGUGGCACCGGAUGAAAAGUUCCGGUGUUUUGUACUUGAACAUUACAAGAUCCAUAAAUUUGAAAACAUUAGCUUAAAACCCGCGAAAUCUAGUGACCCAGUAAACCACCUGGCCAUCCUCAUGAACGAGUCGUUGCUAUAGAGUUCAGCGAUGGCGUGGGUUUGCCGAUGACCCUUUUAUUAUUAAAACCGCGACCUCUUAGGGCUCGAGCCUCCACAAUAAUCAUGGCCCAUUUUCAUGAUUACACUAAAGGAGGAGGAUUUCACCCAUUUAGUGAUAAAGAGGUAAUAGUAAAGAAUCAAGAAGCUUGGUUUGUUAAAGUUAUAGCUAUCCUUUUUGUUCGUUCACAUUGUUCUGAUGCUACUUCUUUAGGAUAUUUAUCUGAGAAGUUGAAUGAUCCCUUGGUUGCAUUUGAGGUAAUUAAGAGGCUAAAUAACAACCCACAAGUGGGUUUGAAGUUCAUGGAAUUUUGUAGAUUGAAUUUCAGUCUUAUUCAUUGUUUUUCAACUUACGAAUUACUUAUUAGGUCUUUAUGUCAAAUGGGUCUUCAUGAUUUGGUUGAAAUGGUGAUUGGUUAUAUGAGGAGUGAUGGGCAUUUGAUUGAUAGUAGAGUUCUAGGAUUUUUGGUAACUUCAUUUGCACAAGCGGGGAAGUUUGAUCUUGCUAAGAAAUUGAUUAUUGAAGUUCAAGGUGAGGAGGCUAGGAUUAGUUCUUUUGUGUAUAAUUAUUUGUUGAAUGAGUUGGUCAAAGGGGGUAAGGUACAUGAAGCUAUCUUCUUGUUUAAAGAGAAUUUGGCAUUCCAUUCUCGUCCGAAUACUUGGACCUUCAAUAUUCUUAUCCGAGGUCUUUGCAGAGUAGGGGAAGUUGAGAAGGGUUUUGAACUAUUUAAUGCUAUGCAAAGUUUUGGUUGUUUGCCUGAUGUUGUUACAUAUAACACUCUUAUAAGUGGAUUGUGUAAGGCUAACGAGUUAGAUAGAGCAUGUGACUUAUUGAAGGAAGUUCAGUCUAGAAAUGAUUGUUCACCAGAUGUUAUGACCUAUACAUCUAUUAUAUCUGGGUUUCGUAAGUUGGGUAAGCUGGAGGCCGCCUCUGUCCUUUUUGAGGAGAUGAUUAGGUCUGGGAUUGAGCCCACUGUAGUCACUUUUAAUGUUCUUAUUGAUGGCUUUGGCAAGAUUGGCAACAUGGUUGCAGCAGAAGCAAUGCACGAAAAGAUGGCCUCUUAUAGUUGCAUACCUGAUGUAGUAACCUUCACAUCCUUGAUUGAUGGUUAUUGUAGAACAGGAGAUAUUCGUCUGGGUUUAAAGGUUUGGGAUGUGAUGAAAGCAAGAAAUGUAUCUCCAAAUAUUUAUACUUACUCAGUUAUUAUUAAUGCUCUCUGCAAGGAUAAUAGAAUUCAUGAAGCUCGUGAUCUUUUGAGGCAAUUGAAGUGCAGUGAUGUCUUUCCGAAACCUUUUAUAUAUAACCCUGUAAUAGAUGGGUUUUGCAAGGCUGGGAAUGUGGAUGAGGCAAAUGUGAUUGUGACGGAAAUGGAGGAAAAGAGAUGCAGGCCUGAUAAAGUGACAUUCACUAUCCUUAUUAUUGGGCAUUGUAUGAAAGGCAGAAUGGUUGAAGCACUUGAUAUUUUCAAGAAGAUGCUGGCAAUUGGUUGUGCCCCAGAUAACAUUACUAUUAGUUCAUUGGUAGCUUGCCUUCUCAAGGCUGGAAAGCCUAGUGAAGCAUUUCACAUUGUGCAAACGGCAUCAGAGGACCUCAACUUGAGUUUUUCAUCUCUUAGAAAAACGUUUCCUAUGAGAGUGAAGACAGACAUUUCAGUAGCUGCUUGAGAGAGGGUCAGACGGGUUGUCACACUAUCAGAUUAGGCUUGUUGGACCAUUCAAUUAAGCAAGGUCCUGCUAUCACAUACACCUCCAAAUUAGAGCACAAAUACCAGACAGUUUCAACGAUUUAUAGCAAGUCUACCAUGGGUGUAUCUUGGUUACUUUCUCUUACUCAAAAGUUGUCAUGGAUUUCAUGGGAAUGAUGUAGUAGGAAGGAUAUAUGCAAAAGGGGAGGAAGAAAAGAGUGUUUUAUAGAAAAACCACCAUACACACGCCCAUGCACAAGAAAGAAAGAAUAGAAAACAAAGAAAGAUUGUAUGCCAAUCAUAAUUAUAGUUGGAAAGACUGGCAGUUCCAUUAUUCAAAAUUAUCAAACUAGCCUGUAGACCAUUUUACAGUUAGAAGUCAUACUAACCUGCGAGAGAACUUAAAGGUCAUUCAGAGCAAAUUACUCAAAAAAUUUCAAGAAGUCCUUCCUCUGCUUCGAGUAACUUAGAGACCACAUAAGAUGCUUGAGAAGUGUCCACCGCAGUACAGAAUGGAAACCUAGUAGGGUUCGUGGCAGUUUACAACCUGCUAUUGGCAACAUCAGUACUUCCUCAGUUACUGCAGGAAAGUGUUUGUGCAACUAACCCCAGAUACUUUUAGAGGUGUUUCGUCCUUCCAGGUUGAACAUGUAAGACUAGAUGCCAGAGAAUUCAACAUUUUCACGAAGACUAUUCCUGGGCAUCUCGUCUCUUUGAUGCUUGCAAGCAGGGCAGCAAAAGAGACUGAUGGGAAAGGAGUUUCACAAGAGUGUUCCAAAUUGAAUGUUGAGUGGAAGGAGAAGCCUUGGUUAUGGUACUAUUGGGCAGUUGGGGAUGAUUAGGAGUUGACAUGCAUCUCUGCUUGGCGUUCACAUUGACACAUUUCUGUCUAAAUUGUAAUAAAUUUGUGGUUCUCACUGCUGCUCAUUUUUCGUUAUCUCCAUCGAGUAGAGUUACUUUGAUGAGAUUCUUUUGCUUGUGAACUUCGAGUCUGUCGCAAAUAGCCCAGGAGAUGGUGGUGUCUGCUCCAUCCCUUCCCUUUAUUUGCAGUAUUAGAAUAUCGACAUGUAUAAUAAGAUACAGUAGAUAAUUCAUGAUCUUAUAACAAAAUCAUUAUUGAUGCUAUAAAUUUUGAAGUUCUCACAA